AAAAAGAGGAACCCAGCCAUGCCUUGGAAAAUUGGUGAGAAAGCUUGGUUUUCUCCUUCUUUUCUUGCUCUAGAACACACCUAGAACCCAGAAAUUUCCCCCACCCCUCUGCAGAAUCCGGAUCUGCUCUGCUUUGCUCUGUCCUUCUGCCGGCUGCUCCUGCUUUGUGGGGGUGAUUUGCUCCGGUUUUGGACACGUGAGCUUCCCCCUACACUGCCGCCGGCUUCUCCCCCUUGCUAGGCCCGGUUCUGUAGUUGCUAAAUUCUGGUAUGAGGGCCACUUCUUUAAGCUCACAUUUGUCCAUUUAUUUGCUGCCUUAAAAUUUGUUAAUUGACUACUAUGUGAUUUUUGGAGAAAAUCUCGUGAAAUUAGCUAGUGGUUUGGCCAAUUUUUGGAAGUGGGAGUUACUGUUCACGUCACUGUUCACGGAUUACUGUUCACGUCACUGUUCACGGGUUACUGUUCACACACCGAGGGCCAACAAUUAACGGGGAUUUAAAUGAUUAGUUUGUGAUAUGAUAAUGAUUUUGGAGAUAUUGGAUCAUGUGGAGAUUUACGGAAAUAGCAUUGUGAUUAGGAAUGAUCCUAAUGAUGAGUUUACCUUGAAUUUGUGAUAGUGGUAUGAAGUCUUGAAAUAUUUUGAUUAGGUUUCCGAUCGUUCUGUUAGUUAGCACUGAAAUUGAGUGCUCGGUUUUAUGCGAGUGAGGUAAGUAAAUUUAUGGUAAUGCUCGUACUGUUUUAAAAGCAUGUUUUGAUUUGUUUUUGAAGUGGUGACGGGACUAAACCCGUUUUAUACAAAAAUGAGCAUGAUUGAUUUGAAGUGAGAUUUUGAUGCUUUUCAUUAAAUUGAGCAUGCCUACUUGGAAUUUAAUUGAUUGUCCUGAUGAUCUGAAAGUGAUUGGUGAAUUAUGUUUUUCUGUUAACUUCAGCAUGUUUUGUCUCCGAUGUGGUCAUGUUUCCGUAAUCCUGCUAGUGGGAGUUGAAACGCUAGCACAUGUCGGCACAUGUCGAUAUGUUAGUGAUAGAACUGGAAGUGAAACCGAAGACGGGGAAACCACAGGAAGUGACGAGUUAGAAAGCUAGCCAUUUCGAGAUUUGAUAUAGAUUUUAGAAAUAAAUCGUGAUCUUGUAAACUAGACUUUAUUGGAGAUUAAUGAUAUUAGAGCAAAUUAUAAAAUUUGAUCUUCAGAUUUUGAUGGUAUUAGAUUGUGAAUUUGAUAAGUUCCGAGCCUUGUGCAUUUGUGGGACCCUCUCACGAGUACACGGCAUCUGUCGCGCCUCGAAUUCGAGUUUUGGGGCGUGAUAGUAGCUGCCAAUAAAUUAUCUGUAAAAAU